AGAUUCUAGAAAAUUCCAAGAUGGAAGCGUUUGAUAAUUAUAUGAAAGAAAAAGGGUAUAAAAUACUCGCAAAUGCCAAAAAACUAAACGACGAAGACUCCAAAAAUGACCCAGAAGAAGAACCAUAUAGAUCUAAGUAUGCUGCAAGAGAAUUAUACCAAAAUGUCAAGAAUGACUUGAAUGUUUUCAUGAAUGAAGAUGCAGACGAUGACGACUCGACGACCGAAAUCAGAAAUGUUAGAACGGCAAUUUCCCUGAGAUUAGCUAUCAACUUUGAAGAAACAGAAGAGUCCUCAACAUGCGAAGAACUUUUACAAAAAUGCUUAAAAGAAACAGAAAAGAAGAAAAUGAAAAAUGAGACGGUGAAUUUGUAUCAGACAGUUUUAAAUCAGUUAGCCAUUGUAUGCUCAAGUCGGAGAGGCGCAGACGAAGCAGUGAAAACAAUGAAAUAUUUGCAAGAAGCAGAAUCCAUAUACAAAACCUUCAAACAGCAGGAAGGUGACAGUCCCGUUGCAUGGUCUGAAUGGCUUGAGGAAAAGACAUGUGAAGAUGAUGAAUUGCUUAGAAACCGGGUGGCGAAUUUUGAAAACACAUAUACUCUCACUCUUUAUUAUGCAGCACAAGUCUACACACAGAUGAAUGAACGGAGUAAAGCUGCAAGAUAUUGUCACGUGACUCUUCAGAGACAAUUAAAUUCUAUGAAAUAUGAUCCAGUUGAUUGGGCUUUAAAUGCUGCUAGUCUUUCGCAAUACUACCUGUCUGAAAACCUCUCAUUAGCUCGACACUGUCUGGCUGCUGCUAGUUCAAUUUUUAAGGAAGCUCCCAAUGAUUCAGAUUGUGGAAACGACAAGGACAUAUAUCUUCAAAGAAAGGCUGACAUAGAGAGGUGCUGGAUAAAAUAUGGUUUACAACUCUUGGAAUCUUCAAAAUUUUAUCUCACAGAAGAGUUAGAGAAUUUAGAUCUGGAAUCAAGAAGUGGGAAUGUUUUUGGAAGCGGCAACGAUGAAGAGGCUAAUGAUGGUGAUAAAAAUGAGGAUGAUUUCGAUAUUGAAAACAUCAGUGAGAAACAUUUACGUUUUAACUUAGAAUUGACUUUGUAUGAAGAAAAAAUAACGGAUAAACCACUUUUGGUGUUCGAUGAUGCACGAAAAGUAUUUCUGGUUAUUCAGGAGUGGAUUCAGUCAGCUAAAGAAUAUUACAAAAUGGAUGGUCAUUGUUCAGAUUAUAUUCAGUUAGUUCAAGACCACAGCACAGCUUAUAAACAUUUAUUGUUCUUUGAAAUGGAUAUUGAUAGACAGUGUAAAAUGCACAAGAAACGUAUUGACAUGCUUUUAGACAUUAUAAAUGUCAUAAAUCCCCAGCACUAUUUACUUGUACGGCGUCAAUUAAUUUACGAAGUGGCUGAAACUUAUUCCUGCAUGGCUGAUCUUAAACUAACAAAAUUGGAAUCGGAUCCAGGGUCCAGAUCAGUUCAUGUUGUCAACAAAAUAAAUCAACUAACACUUCACAGUAUUGAACAAUUCCAAUCGUACCUGGACAGUCUUAAAGGUGAAAAACCCGAACUUCCAGAUAAAUUUGGAGAAAAUGAUGUUCGGCCUGCUCUGGUUGCUAAAUUUUAUAUUGGUAGAUUGUACUCUAAAUUAAUGCUACCAACUGUUGAGGAAAGGUUGGCUAAUAUGAUGAAAAGUUUAAAUAAUUAUAAGUUUGUUGUGGAUUAUUGUAAACGUAAUGAAUGUGAUAAGGAUAAGGUACCUAGUGAAUAUGAUAUCUGCGUGGAGAUGGUGGAACUUCUUCCAUUAAAGAUGGCAAAAAUACGAAGUGUAUCAGGAUUAUAAACAAUCUGUUCCGUAUUGAACUCGACUUUACAUUUCUAAUUUAUUUUCCAGUAUUUAUUUAUGUGAUGUCUAGAGAUUUUAUUCCUGGAUUAAAUUUGUAAGAAUUCCAUCUUUAGAUUGCUUAAACUGGUAUUAUACGAGAAUCCUCUAAAUGUUGUCUGCUAAAAAAUUUUUAAUCAAGCAACAUAUUUAUCAGGUAUUGUGAUUACAUGUACUUGUAAUUGUAUUGACUUCAUAAUAAAAGGAUGGACGAUAUUAGCAUUUAACUUUUUCUGGAAUAAAUAUUACUGCUUAGCUUGGAAUGUAAA